AUGGCCACAAAAAAGAGCGCCGUUCGCGGCAUUCUCCCGCCAACCGUCAACACCACCAAGUCUUCCUCAUCCACCACCAAAGAUACCAGCUCUAUCACAGAAGCAAAGGCGGAAGAAAAUGAGUCAACGCCAUACUCACAGGCUCUAUCCCGACUAGAGCCUCUCCAGCCAAUUUUACUAGGCAUCGCGCAUCGCAAUAAGAACCAGCACCGCCGCGCCGCGUGGUGGCGCCACUUUGGCUUGUUGCGACGGAACUGCGCGAGGCUCGUCGAGGUCCUCGUCGAGGCCGUCGCCGUCGCGCAAAAGAAUGCCGCGAAGGCGGCCAAGGCGGCCAAGGCUGGCAAGGCGAAGAGUAAGAAGCGCAGGCGCGAGGAGUUGGCGUCUGGUAAUAGGACAGAUGGAAAUGCGGAUGUAGAUGCUGCAACGGGCGUGGUGACGGAUGAGAAUGUUGUCAGACACGUUACGUGGAUACGCGACGUGCUGAGUCCAAAAUGCUACUUAGCUUUUUCCCAGCUCAUAGCAGACACGCAAUUCUCCCCUAUUGGUGUCGUGCUCCUCGGAAUCCUAGCUCAGCUCCAAGCAGCAUGCGACAUCGCAGUGCCGCCGCCAUCUCCGUCUGCACUUGCCACUUCAGCAGUAACAGAGUUUCAACCCUCAAUUAUCGAUAACACACUAACAGCCAAUAAUAUCGCUUCCUCUGCCGCCGAACGCAGCUCAAACCAAAGUGAGAGCAGCGCAGCGCCGGGAGAGAACCAGGGAGACGGCGACGAAAAGGGCAAAGGUAAAACCAUAUCCCGCGAGGCCGUAGAGCGCGCAGCCGCGCAACAAAAGAGAGACAAGGAUUCUCUAUCUCGCAAAACCGAGGAGAAGCUCGCCACCGGGAAAAUAAAAGACAUUCCCAGGGCAAGGAGCAAAAUGCCAUUAGCGGAGAGCGCAACUCUCCCAUCCCAGGAAAAACAAGCCCAACCCGACGAAGAUAUCCCCAGUAGACCAGCGAAGAAACUGAAAACGGCUACGGCAGCGACAAAAGCUGUCGAGGAAAAGGGCCCAAAGGACAAGAAGACGUCCAAGAAGAAAGCCAAAAAGGGCGAUGCGUUCGACGAUCUCUUCAAGGGUCUGAUGUAG